CUCCUUUCCCUCCUUUCCCUUUCCUCCGCCUCCUCCUCCUGGAGGCUGGAGUGAGGAGGCCCGGCAAGGCCCAGGGGAAACGGAUCGUCCUCCCCUCCCCCCUGCCGCCCAGAACGGUGAUGGGGCGGACAGGCCCAGACGCCAGCAGGGCAAGAGCUGGCACGCCAUCCGGCGCACGUCUUCCUUGGACGCCAUCGCGGGACCGUACCUCACGGGACACUGGCCCCGGGACCCCCACGGGCACCACCCUUCCUGCAUGACCGACAAAGCCACGCAGACGCCCGUCUGUUGGUCAGAAGAGGGAGGCGGAAAGCGAGCCCACCAGCGGUCGGCGUCGUGGGGGAGCGCCGACCAACUGAAAGAGCAGAUCGCCAAGCUGAGGCAGCAACUCCAACGCAGCAAACAGAGCAGUCGUCACAACAGGGACACGGACCGGCACUCGCCCCUCCACGGCAUCUACGUCGCAGCCCACCAGACCCAGGCCUCCGGGACCAGGACGGGCCCCGGCCCGCUGGCCAACGCCUCCGCCCCCAAAUCGACGGGUCCGGCGCGGGCGCCCGGCAACGUGGAAGGCCUCAGCCCCGAGCUGGAGAAGGUCUUCAUCAAAGACCACGGCGGCAAGGAAGAAGCGGCCAAGGCCUCGGACAUCCCGGACGGGCGGCGGGCCCCGCCGCCGGCCCCCUGGCACCGCAGCGGCCGGCGCAGCAUGGACACGCAGACGCCGUCGGCGCAGGGGGGCCGCAGCCACAGCGGCGCCCGCUCCCCGCCCGCCUCGCCGCUCCUCGGCCCGCCCGGCUCGCGGGACGGCAGCCCCUGCUCCGCCGAAGAUCUGCUCGACGACCACGACAAAGAUAGCGGGAGCGGCUCGCCGCUCCCCAAGUACGCCUCGUCCCCCAAACCCAACAACAGCUACGUGUUCAAACGCGAGCCCCCCGAAGGAUGCGAGCGAGUCAAGGUCUUUGAGGAGAUGGCGUCUCGCCAGCCCGGCUCGGCCCCCCUGUUCUCGUGCCCCGACAAAAACAAGGUGAACUUCAUCCCGACGGGCUCGGCCUUCUGUCCGGUCAGGCUGCUGGGGCCCCUCCUGCCCGCCUCGGACCUGAUGCUCAAGGGCUCCCCCGGCUCGGCCCCGGGCUCGGCCCCGGGCGCCGCGGCGGACCACCUCCCCGAACGGGGCUCCCUCUCCUCGCCCGCCGGCCAGCCCGGCCCGGCGGACCCCCCGGAGGGCUCCGGCCCCCUGCCCGGCCAGCAGCAGCAGCAGCAGCAGCAGCAGCAGCAGCGCCCCGCCUCUUCUCACCACUACGUGCUCCUCUAGGGGCCUCUGCCCACCCCCCGGGAUUAGGGUCCGUCCAGACCCCGGACGCCCCAUCCGCGGGGAGGGCGGACCUCAUCGUCCCCCGCCCCCGGAGCCCCCCAGACCCAGCUUCUCCCGGGGGCUUCGCGCGCCGUCCCCCCCCGAGGGUCACGAGUCCCGGCCGACUCCGCUCCUGGGCUUCGGUUUUCGUACGCGGACUUUUCCUUCUUCCUUCUCUCUGCGAAAACAAAGCGAACGGAAAAAAAGGGGGGAAAAAAAGCCUCCCCGCCCGGCCCCCGGGCAGUCGAAGCGGAGAUCCCGCGUUCCGUCGUCCGUCCGGUCCGCGGGGCCCGGAGCCGGACCGAGAUUCCCCCGGCCCCGGGCCCGCGGUCUAAAUAAGCUGUCGCGCGACCCCGGGGUCGCCCACCUGGAUCGAAAACGUGUCGCCGCGUCCCGUCCUCCUGGACGGUCCCGCGCUCCGGGAUGAUGUUUACAGAUGAUCCAGGCGUCCGUCACGAACGUGCGUAAGACGUCCGAUGCAAAAAAGAAAAGAAAAAAAAAAGGCGGUGUCUCCCCCCCCUCCCCCCCCCGCCCCCAACUGGCCUCGCUAUUCAGGUACUUCUGUAGAAGUGUAAACUCAGGUAACUUGGAAUGUAUAUCCCAGGUGGGGAUGGAAAAGCUGACGGAACAGCGUAUCCCGCUUUGGCCUUUCCUUGUCUUCUGCGUCAAGGCUUUCCUCAUUCCAGCCCACUCCGUGGGAUUCGGACUCGCGGGGUCGAGGGGAGGGCGUCCGCCCCCUCCACCUCCUCCGGGGCGGCCUCCGGCCGUCGCCCGGGCGACGGCCGUGGGGCCGCGGGGACCAAGAUGGGGUUCCGGGCCGCGAGCUCCCCCUCCGGGGCCCGCGGGGGGUCGCGGCGGCCCCGGGGUGGGUCGGGGAGACCGUCCGGGAAGCGGGGGGGCGCCGAGGGAUGCCCCCGUCCCCUCCUCGGCCCGCCCGCCACCCGCCCUGCCGCCGGGCUCUCUCGGCUCCGGGGCCGAGGUGGCGGACAGAGCGAGCCGGCCCGUAAAGCGGGACCACAAGAGCCGGGCGGGAACCGGAGCUCGCGCUCGGCUCAGCCGGGACCACCCCCCUCCCGCCCUCCCACGGACACGCGCAUCCAUCCGCACGUUCCCCGCGGGCGCCCUCGGCCGGCCGCGGCCCCGCUGGGGGGACGCCGACCCCCCAGCCGGGCUCCGCUCCCCCAGCCACGCUCACCUUGAACACUAACAAACACGCUCAGGACUUCUUCACAAAAAGACUCCCUUUCGUAGACGAAGGUUAAAGGGGGGGAAAACGACCCGUUCGGGAAGCGGCCGCGAGCCGGGGCCGGGGGAUGGACCUCGAUCCCUCCGGGGGUGUCGGGAGACCCCUCUUUUCCUAGACCGACGCGCUCUGACGUACGACGUCGACGGCGGCCGGUCACGCUCUCCUUUUCCCCCGGGGCCCCGUAGGCGGCGUGCCGCCCGUCGGGGUCCUCGGGGGACCCGGCGCGUGUGCGGGAGCGAACGCUUUCGCCGUGGAGAUUCCCCGGGAGACGCCGUGGAGUUCAAACGUAAAACCUCCCCCCGGCCCCGGAGACGAGUCAGACGGCGUUAGGAUUUUGUACGUAGGCGGGCCGUUGGCCGGAGCCCCGGCGCGCGACGGUAUUCCGCUUCCCGGAAAUAAGGCUUUACACGAGGAGGUGUGUGGCUUGGGUUUUGUAUUUUUUUCAGUAUAGAAGUUCCUGUGUCUUAUUUAAAAUAAAGUUAUUAGUUAAAAAAAAACCCAAAACUCAA